AAGAUACAACCAUGGACGAGGAAGAAGUUCUUAAUUCUAUUAUGAAGGACCUCGCCGCCCUUGGCAAAUGCGGUGGAUUUUUAGACAGCAACAGGAAUAAAAACCAUUCGAACAAACAGUUGCGGAAUGCCAGGAUCAAGUUUGAGCAUGAUGGAGAAAAAAGGAUUAUCCAGUUCCCGAGGCCGGUUAAGUUCAAAGAUGUUUUGCAAAAAGUCAUGGAUGCUUUUGGGCAGUUGAUGGAUUUACAUUAUGCUGACAAUGAGCUCCUGCAACCCAACAACACCAAGCAGCAUGAGAUGAGGAUAUCUAAAUCAAUGGGGGAUAUACUGGGAUCGCUGUGCAAAGACACCGAGAGGACACGGAAGCAUUCAACAGGAUCUCUGCACACUGGCCGGAGUUCUCCGCCUCCCGGGAGCGUCCCUAUAGAGCAGCAGCAGAUCGCCCGUCAGGGAUCAUAUACCAGCAUCAACAGCGAAGGAGAAUUUAUCCCCGAAAUGAUGGAUCAAAAUUUGUUGGACCCAUUUAUCAGCCCAAGCAAUUCGCUUUCAAGCAGUUGUCAGUCCCUGGACCAAUCCAUAGACAGCACGCCUUUCAGCAAAACCCCGGCUUCAAGAAGAAAAAGAGAAACCAAGGGCAGCUUGGAGUGUCUGGAUUUCAAUGUCCCAUUUUGUGACCGAGGGAAAGGCGGCACCUUUCCGAGGCAGUAUCAUCUCUCUCAGAGUCGCAAGGAUUACAAUGAUGGCCGGAGAACGUUCCCCAGAAGUUACGCUCCUCCAGAGAACCUGUUUCAGCUUCUGCCUUCCAGCCGAACCAAGAGCUACAACGGAGACAACAAGCUGAUCACUUUGCGGUACGAGGAACGAGGGAACAACAAGUGGUGGCACAAUUGUGACAAGAUCUUUCAAGGCUUUAGCUCUUCUUCUCCCAAGACCAGGAACAGUAAGGUACCAACGGCACUGCAGGCCCCAGUGAACUGGAGGCUUGGGAAGCUCUUGGGCCGAGGAGCGUUUGGAGAAGUCUACCUUUGCUAUGAUGUGGACAUUGGACGGGAGCUGUCCGUGAAGCAGGUGCCGUUUGACCCCGACAGCCAAGAGACCAGCAAGGAAGUGAAUGCCUUGGAAUGUGAGAUCCAAUUGCUUAAAACCCUCCGUCACGAGAGAAUAGUACAAUAUUACGGCUGUCUGCGCGAUCCGGAGGAGAGAAAACUAUCCAUCUUCGUGGAAUAUAUGCCUGGGGGUUCUAUCAAAGACCAGCUAAAAGCCUAUGGGGCCUUGACAGAGAAUGUGACUCGUAAAUACACAAGGCAGAUCCUUCAAGGAGUUUCCUACCUCCAUAGCAACAUGAUUGUACACAGAGACAUUAAAGGUGCCAACAUUUUGAGAGAUUCUGUUGGGAACGUGAAACUAGGAGACUUUGGGGCCAGCAAACGCAUUCAGACCAUCUGCAUGUCUGGAACGGGGAUGAAAUCUGUCACGGGAACCCCCUACUGGAUGAGCCCAGAGGUGAUCAGUGGAGAAGGCUACGGAAGGAAGGCUGACGUGUGGAGUUUGGGCUGCACUGUGGUAGAAAUGCUGACUGAGAAACCACCGUGGGCAGAAUAUGAAGCCAUGGCUGCCAUCUUCAAGAUUGCCACCCAGCCAACCAAGCCUCAGCUUCCCGACGGGGUUUCGGAGUACUGCCGCAACUUUCUCAAGCUGAUCUUUGUAGAAGAAAAGCGGAGGCCCACCGCAGAAGACCUUUUGAGGCAUCCGUUUGUGAACUUCAGCCUCUAG